GGAGAGACACAGUCAGAGGGCGCAGGCAUGAAUGACAGUCUGUUUUUCUGCUGCUUGUGCUGCAUCUGAGAGUUACUGUCUGUGGUCCCCGAGGGCACAGGCCACCUCUGAUCACACCCCCGGCAUGACGUAAAGGUAUAAACUUAUAAAAGCCCGCCGCUCAGCCUCUUGACCCCUUUGCAUCCCUGAUGCAACGCCGAAGCCUGCUCUCUGCCCGCGACCUCCACUGCUUGCCGCUUGAUCGAGUGUCCCUUCUCCACCGCCGCCCGCGCCUUGCCCACGUCCGACGCCCACCCCGGCCCAAGCCGACACUCCGAAAGCCCCUGCACUUCCUUCACCGUCUGCAUCGCCUCCGCGUAGCCCGUCAUGAGCUGCUCGGGCACCAGCCUGGGGAGCUCCGGUGGUCGCGACCGCAGCGCAGCCGACAGUGUCGCCUGAAUCGAGCUGCCGAAAGCUGCCUGUUGUCUGGUCCUGAGCACCCACCGUCAGCCACGUCUUGCUCUUGGCCUGUCGCUGUGCUUACGCCUUCCGUUGGCUUUGUCCAAUCAGCUCGGCGAGCUCCCUGCUGUCCCUCUCGACCGUCUCACGCCCGUCGUUGCUGCGUGAUUGUGACAUGCGGGUCGCGACGCUUCUUGCAAGCUCACGCAUUUCCCUGUUGCUGCCGUUAGUGAUGCGUGCAUAUGUGUUUGCAGGGUGAGACGUAACUGGCUCGCGCUCGCAUUGUCGGUUGCCAUGCUGUAUGUUUGUGUGUUGAUGCGUGUGAGGUGGCUGGUCAAGCGUCAAGUCAACACAACAGGUAAAGCGGAAGGC